AUGCAGUACACGCCGUUUAUCUCUGACAUAGAGCUGCCCUUCUACUCCUCACUGGCUUCACUCAAGGUUGACCAUGACAAGCUCGACGACUCCGCACGCAAAGUACUCGGACUUUAUGAAAUAAAGCCGUCCGAUCGCCCCGAGGAGUCAUGUCGAAUGCAGAUACUAGGAAAUUCCUUGCUUAAAGACGACGUUCCGGCAGGCUACUAUCGGGCAGAGGGCAUGAUUAAGAAUGUAAACACGAUCGAGGAGUAUCGAAAUGCAGAUAAGCCUGCGCUCUUGCAGCUGGCAGGGAAAACUGUAUGGGAUGCUAUUAAUGAUGGAACCAUAUAUUCAUGUCCUUCGUUGCUGGCGUCUUUCACAGUCCUUUCAUUCGCGGAUCUCAAGAAAUACAAGUUCUCCUACUGGUUUGCGUUUCCGGCAAUCCAUUCAAGUCCGCCAUGGGCCCUAGUAUCAGACUCCACCAACAAGGGCUCGACUGAUACCCCUGAUCAGAAAUCUGCGAGCAGUGCAUCGCGGCAGUUGACUGGCCUUGAGACUGCAACUUUAGUUGAUGCUGUUCAGACUUGGCGGUAUGGGGUUGACGCCCGCCAGCACGGUUUUUUCCUGGCCAAAAAGGUCCGGGGUGCUGCUAAGGACAACGAGCCGAAGGAGGACCAAGCGAAGGAGGCAACCUUGGCUAGUUACGAAUGGCGCGUUUCCUCGCUGUCUGAGUAUGAGGAAGGAUUUUUCGAUAAUGCCGAGAAGGAAGAUCGUUAUAUCUGCUUCGCGGACCCAUCCAAUUAUGAUGACGCACCUAGCUGGGUGCUAAGAAACCUGUUGGUGCUUGUCCAGAAAAGGUGGAAGCUCAAUAGGGUCCAAAUCAUGAGAUACCGCGACGUGCAUGCACGGAGAGACCAAGGAAGGAGUGUGGUCAUGACACUAGAAACUGAAGGCUCUCAACCAAAUGCCAGCGCAGAGGGUAGUGAAGAACAUCCAACUAUGCCCAAAAUCACAGGAUGGGAGCGAAAUCCCGCCGGCAAGCUCUCUGGUCGAACAGUUGACCUCAAAGAAUAUAUGGAUCCACAAAGGCUGGCCGAUCAAUCAGUAGACCUGAACCUCAAGUUGAUGAAGUGGAGAAUCAGCCCAAAUCUCAACCUCGAAAAUAUCAAGACAACUAAAUGUUUGUUACUUGGCGCUGGUACACUUGGAAGUUACGUUGCUAGGAAUCUUCUUGGCUGGGGUGUUCACAAAAUCACGUUUGUCGACAAUGGAUCUGUUUCUUUCUCCAACCCAGUUAGGCAGCCUCUGUUUAACUUCAAGGAUUGCUUAGAGGGUGGAGCUAAGAAGGCGUUGCGUGCUGCCGAAGCUCUCAAAGAGAUAUAUCCAGGUGUUGACUCGACAGGUCAUGUCCUCUCGGUGCCGAUGGCGGGACAUCCAGUGGUAGAUGAAGAGAAGACUAAAGCUGAUUUUGAUUUGCUGAAGCAGCUCAUUGAGGAGCAUGAUGCCAUAUUCCUGUUGAUGGACACACGAGAAUCCCGCUGGCUGCCAACCUUAUUAGGAAAAGCAGCGGGUAAAAUAGUCUUGAAUGCCGCUCUAGGAUUUGACACGUUUGUCGUUAUGCGCCAUGGCUCUGUCAAGACGGCAGGCUCCCAAGAUGGGCUUGGAUGUUACUUUUGCAACGAUGUUGUUGCACCGGCCAACUCCGUCAAGGCGCAGACUUUGGACCAACAGUGCACUGUCACAAGGCCGGGUAUUGCUGCUAUCGCAUCUGCUCUUUUAGUAGAGCUUUUCGUAUCCAUCGUACAGCAUCCUCACGGCGCAGAAGCUCCUGCGACUACUUCUCUCGAUGAAGACAACAGCGAAAACCCCCAUCCGCUAGGCAUAGUACCGCAUCAAAUUAGAGGGUAUCUGUCAAGAUUCAACAAUGUCGUCGUCACCGGCAAGGAUUACCCAUUCUGCAGUGCCUGCUCCAGCAAGGUCCUUGACUUAUACCUGCAGGAUGGCUGGAACUUCGUCAAGCGCGCAAUGAAUGAGAAUUCGUAUAUCGAGGAAGUCCAGCGUCUGGCGGAUGCAGCUGCUGCAGAGCUAGAUUUUUCCGGAGACUCAGACGCCGGUGAUGACGAUGAAUUGGUCGAGAUUUAA